GAAGUUGACCUCACAGCAUCCCAAUUAGCUGCUUAACUUGCAUAGAGUGGAAUAAUGAGCAGCCAAAAGGAAGUGCCUGUCAGUUUGGGAUGGCGAGUCACCGUCCCCGAAGGCUCAUCCACGACGGCAGAACCCGUCUCCGGUUGGAACUGUAGGAUUCGGCGCCGACUGGUUGAGUUCGGAGUAGGAACCAUGGCGAAGGUGUCGACGUUCGGGAAGAAAGUCUGGAAGAUGGGCGCAGACGAUCCGAGGAAGGUCAUACACGGCAUUAAAGUAGGCGUCGCCCUCACUCUGGUGUCUCUCUUCUACUAUGCUCGGCCCCUGUACAAUGGCUUCGGGAGCUCGGCCAUGUGGGCUGUGAUGACCGUCGUCGUCGUCUUCGAAUAUACAGUCGGUGGGUGCUUGUACAAAGCAAUAAACAGAGCCAUAGCGACACUUAGCGCCGGCGCCCUUGCAGUGGGAAUCGACUGGGUGGCAACCAAGUCGGGCCAAAAGGUGGAGCCACUGAUUCUUAGCGCGUCAGUCUUCCUUUUAGCUUCAGCAGCAACUUUUUCUCGGUUCAUACCGACUGUGAAAGCUCGUUUCGACUACGGCGUCACCAUAUUCAUCCUCACCUUCAGCUUGGUAGCUGUCUCAGGCUACCGCGUCGAUGAACUGAUGGACUUAGCCAUACAACGAGUCUCGACGAUCGCCAUUGGCAUCGGAAUAACCAUCUCCGUCUGCGUGCUCGUUUCCCCUGUUUGGUCCGGCCAGGAGCUCCACCUCCUCGUCUCUAGCAACAUGGCAAAGCUCGCGGACUCCUUGGAGGGUUGCGUGGAAGAUUACUUCGUUACUGCUGAUCACAACAACACGAAUGGAGAAGAGUGUUCUUCGUCUCCCCGCUCCAAGGCCUACGAGUCUGUAAUUAACUCCAAAGCGUCGGAGGAUUCACAUGCCAAUUUGGCGAGAUGGGAACCGACGCAUGGUCGUUUCGGAUUUAGGCAUCCAUGGAAGCAGUACCUCAAGGUUGGAUCUUCCACGAGGCACUGCGCUUACUGCGUGGAAUCCCUCCAUGCUAGUCUCAAUUCAAAAACGAAGGCACCUGAAAGCUCGAAGAAACAUCUCAGAGAUGCUUGCGUCAAACUAAGCUCCGACUCGUCCAAGGUGCUGAGGGAGCUAUCGAGCUCGAUCAGCAUGAUGAAAAGGUCUCCGAGCAUUAACUUAUUUGUCGAGGAGAUGAAGCUCGCAGUGCAGGAGCUCCAGAUCGCUUUGUCAUCGCUCCCCGACCUGUUACUGACCCAAGCCACGACGCAAUCGCUGAGCCUGCUCGACAUUGUGCCGCUUAUGACAAUGGCGUCGCUGUUGAUAGAAAUAUCGUCGAGGAUCGAACUCGUCGUCGAUGCCGUGGGAACUCUUGCGAACAUCACUUGCUUCAGAUCGAUCGGGAUCGAUAAGUCGUCCUCAAAAGUACAGGACGAAGGGCAAGAGAUGAAAGCCCUUCAAGAAGUUUGAACUCUUGUGCCAACAAAUUCAAUAAACCGGUGCAUGAAGAAUGAGCGUAGCUCCCUUUGAUUGGUUACCAGUUGGGCCCCGAGCUAGUCGACACAUGCUAUAGGUUAUUGUUUUUGUAAUUAAAGGAUAUUAAUUAAUGAUAUACAAGUUUAGUAUUCUAUGAAUUCCAUUUUUUUUUUAUUUCAAAA